UGCUGUGGAGACAAUACAUUCCAACAACUGUCCGUCUCACUUUCUAGUGUGCUGCGACUGUUAACUUCUCAGUCUCGACGCGUGUGCUGCGCUCGCUUGGACCUUUCUCGUCGUUGAAGGAGAUCAGACACCCGAAGAAAUUCAUUUGCGUUCUCUCUCGAACGACAAAGAAUCGACGCGGUGGGAGCGCUGGGUUCUAGUUCCGAUUUGACGAUAACUUUGUCUUACCAGCAUCGAUUCCAAGAAGAGUUUUAAAUAGGAAGGUUUUCCGUCGUCACCAAGCAUGGCUUCGCUGCCACAUCAUCAGCAACAGCAGCCACCGCUACACGCGCUCAGGGAAAAUGGCGGUUCUGGGUCCGAGGGAGGUCUGGCGACUCGACAAAAUGGCAUACCGACGGAAAUACGGAGCACCGGAUCACAGUCCUCCAACAGUCGGAAUCCGAUUGAAUUCCAAACACAGCAAUACUAUCCGCAGCGGCCGACAGCACAACCUAUGAGCACGCCUUGGACAUUAGGGUCCACGGAUGGAUCGUACGCUACCACACUGACACUCAUGCAACAACAGCAAGGCCAAAUGGAUGAAAGCACCGUACCUUUGUCAUCUCCGAACGACACCGGUAUUGCUCCCGGCCUCGGCCCGUUGCCUAAAGGAAAAGCGGAAGGCGGAGCGGCCAUAGCCUCGUCGGGCGCCGCCGCGGUGGACCACAACGCCGCGCUCCAAAUUCUGGCGGCUCAAAAGUCGCUGUACGAAACCCGUUUGUUUCGCCAACCAUCCGCAUCGGUGGAAGCGGUCCUGGCAGCAUCUUGUGAAGUCAUGGGAUUUGAUAUUUCGGAAAUGUGGUUACGGACCGGAAUUAAAACCCAUCAGCUCACCAACUCGCAUUUGCGACCAACCGCUCUCGAAGACUCCGUCCGCAACGAUCUCGUGGAUGUGUACUAUGGAGACAAGUCUGCGGAGCGGACCCAUCGACUCAGCCCAGCUCUGUGCAAGCGGGCCAAAGAGGCGAAUGAUGUGGUAUGGGUCACGGCACAUACCCCUCACGGAGCCGAAGCCUUGCGGUGCUCGAUUUCCAACGUGCGCACGGCCGUUGCCGUUCCGGUUUGCCAUGAAGCAUCCAAUACCAAUAUUACGAUUAUCUUUUUCAGCAUUCGAAGAAUUGUUGUUCGUCCAACCGCAGUUGAGUUUCUCGUCCACAUGUCGCUUGCAGCUGGCGGUGCGUCAGUGAAUUCACUAGCUGAAGAUGGUCUUAUCGACCGUGAAGCACUCAGCAGGAAGGACGAUAACGAAAAAAUUGUCAAGAGUAUGAGUCGGUCCGAGCACGUCCCACGCAAAGAAGAUAUUGCCAUUCGUCAUCAGCGUGUAGAACGAUAUUCGAUUACCGGUGCACCGCUGGAUCUCCAGUGGCGGCAGCUGCACAACGUCGAGUAUUUGACCGACGGUGGGAACAGCUGGAUUCAUACAGCUGUUUUCCAAGGUAAACCAGUUGUGGUCAAAACGCUGAAACCAGAAUGCCAAGACGUUGUGCUGGCAAUAAAUGAAAUCGAAGGUGAACUUGCGGUGCAUUCGCGAUUGUACCAUACCAACAUUGUAGCGCUCAUUGGUGCAGGGACGACGAGCAAGGGCGUACGCUUUGUUGUAUUAGAACGUUUAGACGGUGGCACAUUGACACAGAUGCUAGGGUACGAUACGCGUAUUCGGGAUCGUAGGAGACGUUUCUGGCGACGCAAGCAAUUUAGCUACGUCGACGUGUUGCGAGUUGCACGGUCCAUCGCUGAUGCCAUGUCUUAUUGUCACCAAGAAGCGAUACCAGGAUGCAUGGUGCUACAUCGAGAUUUGAAACCAGACAAUAUAGGGUUCACUCUGGAUGGAACCGUGAAAAUCAUCGACUUUGGUUUGGCAAAAAUCGUCGAGAAUGCAUCCGUAGACUCUGACGAUAUCUACACCAUGAGUGGAGAAACAGGGUCACUCCGGUAUAUGGCACCAGAGGUGGCCGAUGCUUUGCCUUACAACGCAGCUGCCGAUGUUUAUUCCUUUGGCAUCAUUCUAUGGGAAAUGAACGCGACGAAAAAGCCAUUCGAGGGAUUGAACCGCGAAUUGUUUUAUGAGCGUGUUGUACAUGGCGGAGAACGCCCAUCAUUGAACCGAAAAUGGCCGUCCCAAUUGACGAGUCUGAUAUCUGAGUGUUGGGACGCCGAUAUGCACAACCGUCCAAGAUUCAAAGAGAUUGUCGGGCGUUUAGAUGCUUUGUUAGCGAAGGAAAAGGGAGGGCCAGCGAGCGCUAAAAAGAAGCUGCUGCCCAAGAUUACCGGGAUGAUCGACCGACAUUCCACUUGGUUCUAGAUUACGCAAACCCUACUCAAUACUUGUACGUUGAGCGAUGUCGACUUGUUUCGUCAGAAACUUUAUACUAAACGAAGUCUAGCAUAUGCACCAUAUUUGGUUAAGACAGAAUAUCAUAAGCCAAAGGGCUCUGCAUCAUUAAUACAACGCUUGUGGUACUAGUCGCUGCCUCUGUGCUUCCAAGGUUUCGAGAUCUUGAUGCAACGGGGUGCUUCGUCAGUCUUGGGUUGAUCCUGUGUCACGGUAGCAUUGGAGUAUGACUUUGCCCGUCGGUAACGCGGAAUCCAUUCGUUCAGUGUCCACUUCGGCCCCAUAUCCUGCAAAACUUCCAGCACACCCUCUCUCACUAGAUCGCACAGUGCCAUUACGACAACGUUGAUAGAACAGUAGUCACGAACGGCUACCCAUCCUUUGGGAACCUUGUCCCAGUCCCGGUUCAUGGCAUCCGAGAGGACCUCGUCGCCCGUCAGCGUCUUGCUACUCAGAGCUUGUAAGAGCAAAUCCUUAAUCGACUCUUUCAUACCGCUUGAAAAACUUUCGUAGGAUUUGAAGUGACGAAGUCUCUUCUGACCAGCUCCAAUUCCUUUCCCAAACCCAUUGUAAGACUCUGCCGCAUCACGUAGUUCCGCCCACAAAUGAGAGUUGUUCAUGAGCCCAAGCAUUGAUGUAGAGCCAUCUUCUCCUAAUAAACCGGCCUUGGUACGAGAAACGAAGUUGCUAGAGUUCGCAUACAUCACUGUGGGAACAUCACCUUCUUCGCACGGUGUCGCAAAGAUGCUUUCGACUGCUCGAGUCCUUUCGGAAAUGGGCCGCCUUACAUUUCGGCCGGUAGGUCCAAAUAUUAGAUAGCGAUAUGACAACUUGUUUCCGAAACCAGAGCUGCCCAUCCCUACAUCUUGCUGUCCAUCUGAUUUGUCCUCGGGCGCAUCACAGCUCGCCGAACUUGGGUUCCACUUAUUCAUGUUGCAGUACCAGACCUCUGGCAAUUCGUCCGCGGAAAUAUGAGGUGGAAGCUUUCGCCACUUGUCACAUUUCUCGCAUUGCACCCACUCUAGAUUAUCGGCUUCGUCCUGGUUUGUCGCGUUGGAUACCUGAUUUGGCUUCACAUUCAACCCGUUCCGACGAGGCCGUCCCCUUUUUCCCUUUAUUUCCGCACUCUCAACCAGAGCAUUGAGGGUGUCCUCGGAUGCGUUUUGUCCCUUCUUUCCCAUGCCUCCUGAUUUUUUAUCUUUUGGGUUCGUGUCGCUACCAGUAUCAGAAUGGGGUGACUGCAUCGAAGGAGAAAAGCGUUUGCUCUUGGCCUCGGCAUCGGUAUCGUCUCGAGCGCGGGAGCUUUGCUGAAAUCCAACGGGUUCUUCUACAAUUGCACUAUCCGCCCCUUUCGCUUCUCCACCCUCGGCAGAUGCCGCAGCUUGGAGAAUAAGUCUUUGCCGUUUCUUACGCCGUUUCUCUUUGGCUUUUUCCUUCGCCACUUGUUUUAACGAUUGCUCGACGGCUUCGCACGUAGACCGUUUGACGUCCCAAAUAUUAUCCGAGCAGUACCAUUGUUUUGGUAGCGUUGCCACCGCAGCGGAAGGAAUGAUUCGCCAUUUCCCGCAUUUGUCGCACUGCACCCAUUGACUGUCGUCCUCUACAUCGACCGAUCCAUACUGUUCGCUACCCCUUUUUUUCCUCUUUUUGGAAGCUUGCUCAGCGACGUUACUUUCUUGCUUAGACGCGAUGCGCUCGUUAGCUUGUUGUGCGGCUCGUCUUCCUGAUCGAGCAACCGUACUCAAAUCUUCCGUGGAAAUCAAUUCUUCUUUGGUAAAAUGCGGCAGACUUCGCCUUUCGGUCUCGGCUGCAAAGUUCGAACCUGGAUCUUCAUUAGUCUGCGUCUCUUCUAUACCACUUUUUGGUUGGUUCGCGUAUUUCAUACUCUCGGACUUCUCAGCGGACGAUGAAGCUUGUAUGUGCUUAAGCUUGGAGGAUUGUCGGUCUGUCAAACUUUCGACGGAGGCUGAUUCGGAGAUCUCCAUUGCUUCAUGCGUUGAGGGUGAAGCAGCUGACGUUGUCGUGGAAUCGACCAAGUCCUUGUCAUGUGACUUCUCUAUCGACUGUGAUUUAUCCGCAGACUGAGAUUUGACCGAUGAAAUGUGAAUAUGCAAUCGCUUCGGAGCGGGUGGAUCAGUCACGGGGCGUUCCUCAGGCGGGGCGAGCAUCUUGGAAGGCGGGGAUCCCAUAUUGUCCGUCGAUUGCUGUGCAAUCUCGCUUCUUGAAGCAGUCGCGCUACUGCAUCUAUCCAUAUGUCCCCGUCCCUCACGCUUGACGUUGGAUAUACGAAUAGUUAGGGAGGACUUUGGCUUUUCUGUGGUUUCACUAAUGGGCUUUGCAUUGUCCGAAACACCGGCUCGACUGAAUGCUUCGAACGGCAAGACUGUGCCAACAGUAGACUGCUCGGAUAAAUUUGUCUCCGUCUGCAUUGGAUUUGCAAUCUCGGCCACAUCUUCUUCGUCUUCCGCCGUUGUUCGAUGCUUAGGAGGACGCCCUCGUUUACGCUUUGGUGGUACAUCUAGUCUCUCAUCGUGUAGCAAUGCGCGACUCGGUACCGAGAUUUCCUCCGAUUCAAGUGUCUCCUCCAAUGCCAUGGGCUCCACAGCACCUG